GGCUGUUCUGUUCGGGCUAGGCCUGCCUGGCGGCGAGUGGGUGAAUGAAGGCGGGGGCGCCGGGUCCGCGCAGCCUCCGUCGCGCCCGCCCUCGGUCGACUGCCAGUUGACGUCGCGACGAGCGCAAACCCCCACGCCACGGUCGCUCCAAACACGUUUAACUAACCAAAUAGUGACAAUUAACCUGUGGAAACGUCUUUGUUAUCUGAAGUGAUGGAGUCUUACGAGUGUUUGCAGUGUUACGGAUUCACAGAAUGUGCGAAUAGAACUAGCUAUUGACAUUUUAAAUAGUUACAGUGUUGCUAAAACGAAUUGUUGUCAUAAUUUAAAACAAAGGGCAAAAAGCUAAAUAAAACGCAUAGUGUAGUUUUGUAAGCGAUUCGGAUGAGAGGAUGCGCGACUGGCGUUUAUCCGCGCGGCGGAGACGCUAGCGGAAGCGGUCGCAUCGAGCGGAAAGGGUGUCGGGCCGCGAGCGCGACGACUGGUGCCCGCACGAGGCGCGGCGUCAUGCGCUGACGUGCCCCAGGCGCUGCGCGUGUUGCGGCGCGGCGCGAUGCCCCCCUGGGCCUGGGCACGGGCCUGACAUGGAGGAAGGCGGCUAUUGGCGGCCAUCUUGCUCGACGCUGUCGCUUGCUGAGCACCAUGGCAGCGCCACACACCUGUGUGCGCGCCACGCGCCACAGCCCGCGCGGCUCGCUCACCGCCACCCGCCCCACACCCAUCACCCGCACGUGCACCAGCACGCGCACGCGCAUCAUCUGCCGCAACACACUCACGCGGCGCACACUUCGCAUGCCUCAACGUCGUGCCCGGUACACAGCCCAUUCAGGCAACCCACGCCCGAAUAUUGUGCAGCACAUUCACAGGCCCUACUGCAGGCACACGAUGUGGUGGCGCGCGAAGUGUACGGGGAAGAGUCGCUGCGCGCCUCUCCGCCGCCGGUCAACGGGCGCACCACGGCCCCGCCCGCCGACGACGACGAGGACACCGAGCCCGAGUUCGAGAACGUGACCAGGGUGCGCCUCGUGCAGUUCCAGAAGAACACUGACGAGCCUAUGGGCAUAACCCUGAAGCUAGCUGACGACGGCAGAUGCAUCGUGGCUCGCAUCAUGCACGGGGGCAUGAUCCACCGACAGGCCACGCUGCACGUCGGCGACGAGAUCAGGGAGAUCAACGGCACGCCUGUAGCCAACCAGUCCGUCGCACAACUUCAAAGGAUGCUGCGCGAGGCUCGUGGGUCAGUGACAUUCAAAAUAGUGCCGUCGUACCGCUCGGCACCACCGCCCUGUGAGCUUUUCCGGAUUAAGCCUUCGCCCGUACUAAUAUUUGUAAGAGCACAAUUUGACUACGAUCCUUUGGAGGACGAAUUGAUUCCAUGUGCUCAAGCCGGUAUUGCAUUUACUACAGGAGACAUACUUCAGAUCAUAAGCAAAGAUGAUACUCACUGGUGGCAAGCCCGCAAGGACGCGGCGGGCGGUUCGGCCGGGCUCAUACCGAGCCCUGAACUACAGGAGUGGCGAGCCGCGUGCGCCGCCGCAGAACGAUCUAACACCGACCAAGUGAAUUGUUCUAUAUUCGGACGCAAGAAGAAGCAGUCGAAGGACAAGUACCUCGCCAAGCACAACGCCGUGUUCGACCAGCUCGACGUCGUCACCUACGAGGAAGUCGUCAAGUUACCAUCUUUCCAGAGGAAGACCAUUGUGCUGUUGGGCGCGCACGGCGUGGGCCGACGUCACAUCAAGAACACUCUGAUCGCGCGUCACCCGGACCAAUACGCAUAUCCCAUUCCACACACCACCCGGCCGCCAAGGGCGGAUGAAGAAAAUGGCAGACACUAUUAUUUCGUUACGCAUGAAGAAAUGAUGGCUGAUAUAGGGGCCAAUGAAUACCUGGAAUACGGCACUCACGAGGAUGCGAUGUACGGCACGAAGAUAGAGACGAUCCGCCGCAUCCACUCGGAGCGGCGAAUAGCGAUCCUGGACGUGGAGCCGCAGGCGCUGAAGAUCCUGCGCACGGCCGAGUUCGCGCCGUACGUCGUGUUCAUCGCCGCGCCGCCGCUCAACAACGUGGCUGACUACGACGGUUCGCUGGAGGUGCUGGUGCGCGAGUCCGAGCAGCUGCGGCGCACCUACGGACACUAUUUCGACAUGAGCAUCGUCAACAACGACAUCGACGACACGCUCGCGCAGCUCGAGGCCGCGCUCGCGCGCCUGCGCUCCACCCCGCAGUGGGUGCCCGUCUCCUGGGUCUACUGACACGCAGACUCCUACUACCUUUAAACGAACUAAACAAACAUUCGAACCGGCGACACUUCUUUUCUCAUACAAGUUCGACUUAUUUCGG